AUGCAUUUCCUCACCACAGUUGUCACUGCACUCGCCGCAGGCCGCUUCACUUGGGCCAUGCCUACCCCUGAAAGCAACCCCAAGACGCCAACGGCUCGCGCUACCUUUUGUGAGAAGAUGGUCCCGCCUCCGUCGGAUGAGGAGACAGCGGCAAGGUUCGCCAAGUUUGCCGACGCCUUUAUUGUCAGGAAGGAUAUCGACGCUGCGUUCAGCUACAUUGCGCCCGAGUACAUUAAUCACAACCCGGCCGCUCAAAAUGGCGCCCAGUUCGCCUAUGACCUCCUGAAGCCCUUGUGGGCAAGCCAGCAGAUAACCGUGCUCGGCACCCUGUACAGGCACCCCCAAGGCUGGCUCAACUACCGCUCCUCCAUUGGCACCAUCGUGGACCGGUACAGAUGGGAGGGUGGAUGUAUCGUUGAGCAUUGGGAUGCCGGAGAGCAAAUGCCUACCGACGUGGCACCUGGUGAAAUCGCUGGAAGUGGACAACGAGUGAAGAGUGCAUGA